AUGCGCUUUCAAUCAGCUAUUGAAGCAAGUAUUGAUAAUCUACUACAGGAGAAUGCGAAAUGCGUCGCCCAUGUCUUACAAAGUAAUUAUUUCAAUCGAACGGCAUCGCUUUCAAUCUCUACAAGUUGGGAACGUGCGGCCUCACGUCCACCUAUUAAUGUAAGUCCCUACGUUCAUACGCGUGAUUGUGGUGGUCGUCGACGUUCAACUGCUGCCACUUGUCAAGCAGUGAUGGGGACAUUACAGGAUGCCAUGCGUGCUUUACAUGCUGAUGAUACAAGCAGUUAUCGUCGGGUUGAGAGUGAAUUAUUUGGUGCUGAUUUACUAUUAGAUGCAAGAGUCUUGGAUUCCUUUGUACCACGUACAAAGGAGACACCGUAUCGUUAUGUUGGAUUAAAACACGUCAAGUAUCAAUCCAUGCUAAAUGAACGACAUGCUGAAGAAUUUUUACUCAUGGAAACAGCUGGCAGAGGAAUUCAUCCUGUUUCAGGUCAUAAAUUUGUCUUUAAAAUGUUACGAUCCGUGGAUGUACCAGAACGUGAAUUUGACAUGAGAAGUGCCAAUAGUCAUCAUGCACAAUUACAAGUACAUCGUGGUGCGAUUCAUGCAUUGCUCUUGGUUUUGGCAGAAACAAGUCAUCGUGGUAUUCUCAAGAUGCAAUUGUGGCUAGAUGUUGAGCUUACCAAGUGUGCCGAACCUUUUUAUGGGGCAUUUUCGAGUCUACAUGAUGCCUAUAGCUUGUCCAUACGGUAUCGACAAUUGAUUGAGAAUUACGUUGCGACGAGUGGAGAUGCUGCAAUUACAGUGUCGAAUAAAACAUCUCGAUUUGGGAUCAUUACGUCACGGUCAAACCGUGAACGAAAGUGCCAAACGUGUCAACGUGCUCUUGGAUUCUUUUGCAGGAAAAAGAAUCAUUUGUGUAAUGUGUGUGGUAUCUUUGUUUGUUCGUCUUGUUUGUCGACUACGUCGUUUCAGAGCUGGAAGCUCUGUGGUCUUUGCUAUCAGCGUAACAAGUGUCUUGUGAAUCGAAUCCGAGUGUCCAAAAUGGCUUCGCUCGCAUCAGGGAUUGGAGGCACCCUUCAAUACAUUACUCGAAUUGGAAGAAGUUACAGCAGGCAGCGUGACUCGAUUCUAUUUGCCACGGCAGAAGCUGCCGGCGAACUGUCGCCAAACCCAAUGCAGGACACCAAACCACGACCUAACGAGCGAUUUUCGACUCGAGAAUCAACUAGAAGACGCCGCAUUGAUGACGAAAUGCUAUCUAACUACGAUAUCAAGCCUCUUGCCAGAAGUGUCACUGGUGUUCAUCAUGUUGUUCGUGGCAGUGCUAACAUGGACUUGCGUCAAGAUUUCACGACUGCGAGUGUUGGCAGACGUCAACUAUCUCAAAGCAACCUGAGUAUGAGUCAGGGUCCUUGUGAACGGAAGCAAAGCUUAACGCGUUCGUUCCUACGCAAGGCCAGCAAGAGUUCUUACGAUCCGAAUGAAGACAUGAGUCGAGAGCUCAGUGCCUCGUUAUUUGACGGUACUAGUGGUUCAUUCCGGACAAGCGAGCUAAGCAGCAGCCACGUUCAGAUUAGCAGGAGUAGCAGCUUUUCCGAACCGACUCUCGAGUCUGUCGUACCUUUGAACACGAAGGAUAACAACGAAAGUACUAGUAGUAACAGUACCACGAGCUCUGGCAGCGGAGAGCAUCAGGAUAGUCCGACUCCUAAACCUGAUAUCGAGCGAGUGGGUCCACAACGCGUUCCUGCUCCAGCUAAGCCGGUCGAGCAACCUCGUCAAAGCAACUACCCUCCACGCCGCACGAACCCAGUGCACCGCGUACACAGUGGGAACGGACGAUCGUGUGUUAACAAUUCUUCUCGCAGUAGCAGCUCUUCAUCUUCUCGCGGCAGUUCUUCGUCAUCAUCGUCUCGGCAUAGCGGUUUUAAGGGAUGGGCCUCAGCAUCUGCCGGUCCGCGUAUGAUGUCUACAAAAACCAGCUUGUCACGGAGGAAAGCAAAGAUUUCGGACGAACAUAACAACCAUGUGCCGUCCACUUGGUGUGCGGCGGGUUACGUCGACUUUAAUGCUCCCAUUAAAUUAGGCCACAAGAAGUCAGACGUGUCUAUCGUUGAUGAUCAGCCGCAAGAUGGUCAUCUGAGCGCCUAA